CUAGAGUACGUGGAAUGAAGAUUACGGGCGUAAAUACGGCGCCACAGGUACAGGUCUGCCGGCGUGGCAGGUGGCAAGAUUCGGCAGACAGAUGCUUGAGGGUCUACUGUUUCUGAAAGAGAAAGGGUUCCCACCGUUCAGGCAUUUGCAUUCUGGAAAUGUUGUCGUUCAGAAUGGAGUUGCGAGAAUAUGUGGCCUAGAAACUACACUGAUCGGUGCCUUACCGCGCUGCCCUAUCGCUCUGGCGGCUUCUCUGGACAACGUGGAAGCUCUAUCCCUGGGCCAUGUACUGUACGAGAUGUGCGCGGGCAGCGAGAUCGACUUAUCUUUAUUACCGGAUUUGUUGCCUAACUACCCUCACGUAGUAGAAAUAAUUGAGUUAAUCUUCGGACCUCGCACGCCAACGCUGCAUGAGCUGCUGCUAUGUGAACUCUUCAGGAAAAUCGAUCUUCGAGAGAUGAAGGGCUCUUGUCUGCCGAACUUCAGUCAGCGACUUUCCCGGUCCUGUUUGUCUCUUCUCGGCGAGGUAGCCCGCCGGCAGCCCGGACCCGGCGGCUCCGGCACAGCCACACCAUGCAGCCGCACCCCGCUCCGCCGUUCAGGACACGCGUCCCCGGUCACCCCGUCGACGCCUCCCGCUCGCAGGAGGCACUUCCCUGCAGACCAAGAUUUCACUGAAGAGUGGCAACAUUGGUAAAAUAGUAAUAAAAAGGAAAGACUUCUUGAUUAUUGUUUUAUUUUUAACUCGAUAAAUAAAUAGCUUUUAUGCAUGCGCUGCAUGUCUAUAGCGCAAAUUCUGCGUCUUACGCUAAAUGCAUGCGUUGUCAAAACUA